CUCCCCGCGUCAUGUUUCCUCCCCUUUGACAAGCUGCUGCCGGAGAAGCAGGAGAAGCGGGGAGGACGGGGCGCCGCCGCCGCUGCCGCCGCCGCCGCCGCUGCCUCACGGGACCUCCCGCCGCGGGCCCCGCCAGCCUUGCCCGGACCGCACCUUGGACUAAUGGCAGGUGAAUAAACCAACAUGGCAGCCAUGGUUCCACCAGUGAAGCUGAAAUGGCUUGAACAUCUAAAUAGCUCUUGGAUCACAGAAGAUAGUGAAUCUAUUGCUACAAGGGAAGGAGUCUCCAUCUUAUAUGCUAAAUUAGUCAGUAAUAAAGAAGUAGUACCAUUGCCUCAGCAGGUUCUCUGUCUCAAAGGACCUCAGCUACCAGAUUUUGAACGGGAGUCCUUAUCAAGCGAUGAACAGGACCACUAUUUGGAUGCCCUUCUUAGCAGCCAGCUGGCUCUGGCUAAGAUGGUGUGCUCAGACUCUCCAUUUGCUGGAGCACUUCGCAAACGUUUGCUUGUGUUACAACGCAUCUUUUAUGCACUUUCUAAUAAAUAUCAUGAUAAAGGCAAGGUGAAACAGCAGCAGCAUUCUCCAGAAAGCAGUUCUGGGUCAACAGACAUCCAUUCCGUUAGUGAGCGGCCAAGGUCAAGUACAGACGCGCUAAUAGAAAUGGGGGUCCGGACUGGACUGAGCCUGUUAUUUGCACUGUUACGGCAAAGCUGGAUGAUGCCUGCUUCAGGACCUGGUAUUAGCCUUUGCAAUGAUGUUAUCCACACUGCGAUAGAGGUUGUGAGCUCUUUGCCACCUUUAUCUCUAGCUAAUGAAAGUAAAAUCCCACCAAUGGGUCUGGACUGCCUGUCUCAGGUAACAACAUUUCUUAAAGGAGUAACGAUUCCCAACUCUGGAGCAGAUACUCUUGGACGGAGGUUAGCUUCUGAGUUGCUGCUUGGCUUGGCUGCUCAGCGUGGGUCACUUCGGUAUCUGCUGGAAUGGAUUGAAAUGGCACUAAGUGCAUCAGCCGUGGUCAACACAAUGGAGAAGAACAAAAUGCUGCAUACACAGGAGGGGAUGAUCAGUUUUGAUUGUUUCAUGAACAUAUUGAUGCAAAUGAGGCGGUCAUUGGGCUCAUCUGCUGAUCGAAGUCAAUGGAGGGAGCCAACAAGAACAUCUGAAGGUUUAUGCUCUCUUUACGAGGCAGCUUUGUGCCUCUUUGAGGAGGUUUGUCGCAUGGCUUCAGACUACUCUAGGACAUGCGCCAGUCCAGACAGCAUUCAGACGGGUGAUGCUCCUGUUGUUUCUGAGACCUGUGAAGUGUAUGUUUGGGGCAGUAACAGCAGCCACCAACUUGUGGAAGGAACACAAGAGAAAAUUCUUCAGCCCAAGUUGGCUCCAAGUUUUUCUGAUGCUCAGACAAUUGAAGCUGGCCAGUACUGUACAUUUGUAAUAUCUACAGAUGGCUCUGUUCGAGCUUGUGGCAAAGGCAGUUAUGGCAGGUUGGGACUGGGCGAUUCCAACAAUCAAUCUACACUGAAGAAGCUGACUUUUGAGCCUCACAGAUCUAUCAAAAAGGUGUCAUCAUCUAAAGGUUCUGAUGGCCACACAUUAGCAUUCACAACAGAAGGAGAAGUCUUCAGCUGGGGUGAUGGUGACUAUGGGAAAUUGGGCCAUGGAAAUAGCUCAACGCAGAAAUAUCCAAAACUUAUCCAGGGGCCUUUGCAAGGAAAGGUUGUGGUAUGUGUGUCAGCUGGAUACCGGCAUAGUGCUGCUGUCACAGAAGAUGGUGAAUUGUAUACGUGGGGCGAAGGAGACUUUGGUAGACUAGGUCAUGGAGACAGCAACAGCCGUAACAUUCCAACUUUAGUAAAAGAUAUUAGCAACGUCGGAGAGGUUUCUUGUGGCAGUUCGCACACCAUAGCUUUAUCCAAAGAUGGGCGAACGGUUUGGUCGUUUGGAGGAGGAGAUAAUGGCAAACUUGGUCAUGGUGACACCAACAGAGUGUACAAACCUAAAGUUAUAGAAGCCCUACAGGGAAUGUUCAUUCGGAAAGUUUGUGCAGGAAGUCAGUCUUCACUUGCUCUAACCUCAACGGGGCAGGUGUACGCUUGGGGCUGUGGUGCAUGUCUAGGAUGUGGGUCUUCAGAAGCUACAGCACUCAGGCCCAAGCUGAUUGAAGAGCUGGCUGCAACGCGGAUAGUGGAUAUUUCAAUUGGGGACAGCCACUGUUUGGCACUUUCUCAUGAUAAUGAAGUUUAUGCUUGGGGUAACAAUUCCAUGGGACAGUGUGGCCAAGGGAACUCCACAGGGCCCAUUACAAAACCAAAGAAAGUGAGUGGCUUAGAUGGAGUAGCAAUUCAGCAGAUUUCAGCUGGAACAUCCCAUAGUCUUGCCUGGACAGCUCUUCCCAGAGACAGACAAGUUGUUGCCUGGCACAGACCAUACUGUGUGGAUCUUGAAGAAAGUACCUUCUCCCACCUCCGUUCUUUCCUUGAGCAGUAUUGUGACAAAAUCAACAGUGAGAUUCCUCCUCUUCCUUUCCCAUCCUCAAGGGAGCAUCACAAUUUCCUGAAGUUGUGUCUGAAGCUGCUCUCUAACCACCUUGCUCUUGCAUUAGCUGGCGGAGUAGCUACAAGCAUACUUGGAAGGCAGGCUGGCCCGCUUCGGAAUUUAUUGUUUAGAUUGAUGGACUCUUCUGUUCCAGAUGAAAUACAGGAGGUUGUAAUUGAAACUCUGUCAGUUGGAGCCACAAUGCUACUGCCUCCAUUGAGAGAGAGGAUGGAAUUGCUGCAUUCCCUUCUACCCCAAGGUCCUGACAGAUGGGAGAGCCUGUCAAAGGGGCAGAGAAUGCAAUUGGAUAUUAUUCUGACGAGUUUGCAGGACCAUACUCAUGUAGCCUCCUUGCUUGGCUAUAGCUCACCAUCUGAUGCUCCAGAUGUUUCCUCACUCUGUAUUGCCUAUGGGACUAUUGCUGAUCCAACAUAUGAUGUCCAGAGUAAUCAUCCAGAUACUCAUCUGGCUGAAAUUUUAAUGAAGACCCUUCUGAGAAAUUUAGGAUUUUAUACAGAUCAAGCAUUUGGGGAGCUGGAAAAGAACAGUGACAAAUUUUUACUUGGAACAUCAUCAUCAGAAAACAGCCAGCCCGCUCAUCUACAUGAACUGUUGUGUUCCCUGCAGAAACAACUUCUGGCAUAUUGUCAUAUCAACAGUGUUAGUGAGAAUUCAAGUAGUGUGUCGCUCCUGCACAAGCACCUUCAACUUCUACUGCCUCAUGCUACAGAUAUCUAUUCCCGCUCUGCUACUUUGCUGAAGGAGAGUUCUUGGAAUGGUAGUGUUGGGGAAAAACUAAGAGAUGUAAUUUAUGUCUCUGCAGCCGGAAGCAUGCUUUGCCAAAUUGUCAAUUCCUUGCUCUUACUGCCUGUAUCAGUAGCCCGACCUUUAUUGAGCUAUCUGCUGGAUCUGUUGCCACCUCUGGAUCGCCUUAACAGACUGUUGCCAGCUGCUGUUCUCUUAGAAGAUCAGGAGUUACAGUGGCCUCUUCAUGGUGGACCUGAACUGGUUGAUCCAGCUGGGGUGCCCUUACCACAGCCUGCACAGUCAUGGGUGUGGCUAGUUGACCUUGAGAGAACUGUGGCUCUGCUUAUUGGACGCUGUCUUGGUGGAAUGCUUCAAGGAUCACCUGUGUCACCAGAAGAGCAAGAUACUGCUUAUUGGUUGAAAACACCACUGUUUAGUGAUGGAGUUGAAAUGGACAUUCCCCAGUUAGACAAGUCCAUGAGUUCCUUGUUAGAGGUAGCUCUUUCUGGAAAUGAAGAACAAAAGCCGUUUGAUUACAAGCUUUGCCCAGAAAUCUCUGUCUUUGUGGAUUUGGCUUUGGGGUGUGCAAAGGAGCCUGCUCGUAGCCUCUGGGUCAGCAUGCAGGACUAUGCAGUGAGUAAAGAUUGGGAUAGUGCCACCCUGAGUAGUGAGUCGCUUUUGGAUACUGUGUCUAGAUUUGUUCUUGCUGCCCUCCUGAAACAUACAAAUUUGCUUAGUCAAGCAAGUGGUGAGAGCAGGUAUCAGCCUGGCAAAGCCUUAGUAGAAGUAUACCGGUGUGUGUACAAAGUGCGGAGUCGUUUGCUUGCUUGCAAGAAUAUGGAACUUAUUCAGACUAGGUCGUCUUCAAGGGAUAGAUGGAUGUCAGAAAACCCAGACUCUUUGGACAUUGAUGCCCAAGAGCACCCCUUUACUCGGACCAUUGAUGAAGAAGCAGAGAUGGAAGAGCAGGCAGAAAGAGAAAGAGAAGAGGGGCACCCGGAACAAGAAGAGGAAGAGGAAGAAAGGGAGCAUGAAGUUAUGACAGCUGGCAAAAUCUUUCAAUGUUUCCUAUCAGCCCGUGAAGUAGCUCGCAGUCGAGACCGAGAGAGAAUAAAUGGUGGGGCAGGGGCUCGAAUGGAUGACCAGGCCCCUCAGUCCCAGCAAGAACGCAGAGUCAGCAGAGACCUUCCUGAAGGACAAGAUGUGUACACGGCUGCCUGCAACUCUGUGAUCCAUAGGUGUGCUUUGCUGAUUCUGGGAGUCAGCCCCGUUAUUGAGGAGCUGCAGAAACGAAGAGAGGAAGGGCAGUUGCAACAGCCAUCAACUGGUACUGCAGAAGGGAUUGGACUCAUGACCAGAAGUGAAAGCCUUACUGCAGAGAGCCGCUCUGUCCACUCUAGUUCAAGUUACAAACUGAUGAAAUCACGGAGUGAAUCUGAUUUAUCUCAGCCUGAAUCGGAUGAAGAAGGUUAUUCACUGAGUGGAAGACGAAAUGUGGAUUUGGACUUGGCAUCAUCCCAUAGAAAGAGAGGAGCAGUCCACAGCCCAAUUGAAGCACUAAGUGAUUCAUGGACUCGACUGAAGCACAGAGAUUGGCUGUAUAGCUCUAUGUGUUUGUUUGGGGAGUCCGAUUUUGAUUUUACAAAAUCUGUUGGAGUUCAUACUCUGAUUGAAAAUGUUAUUAGCUUUGUAAGCGGAGAUGUGGGAAGCUCUCCAGGCUUCAAGGAGCCUGAAGAAAGCAUGUCAACGAGCCCCCAGGCCUAUAUUAUCGCAAUGGAGCAGCAGCAACAGAGGGCAGAGCUGCGGCUGGAGGCACUUCAUCAGAUCCUGGUGUUGCUUUCUGGGAUGGAAGAAAAAGGCAGCACUCUGUCCAUAGGAAGCCGGCAAGGCCCAGGCUUUCAGUCCUCUUCACUUCUCACAUCAGUGAGGCUGCAGUUCCUGGCUGGGUGCUUUGGCUUGGGUACUGUAGGACAUGCAGGCUCCAAAGGAGAGAGUAUCCGUUUGCAUCAUUAUCAGGAUGGCAUCAGGGCAGCUAAGAGAAAUAUCCAGACUGAAAUCCAAGUGGCUGUGCACAAGAUCUAUCAGCAAUUGUCUGCAACUUUGGAAAGAGCCCUCCAAGCAAAUAAACAUCACAUAGAGGCACAGCAGCGUCUCCUGUUGGUAACUGUGUUCGCCCUGAGUGUUCACUACCAGCCAGUUGAUGUCUCCUUGGCCAUUUCCACCGGCUUGUUAAAUGUUCUGUCACAGUUAUGUGGAACAGACACCAUGCUUGGUCAGCCACUGCAGCUCUUGCCAAAAAGUGGCAUUUCCCAGCUCAGCACAGCUUUAAAAGUAGCCAGCACUAGAUUACUUCAGAUCCUAGCUAUUACCACAGGAACUUACGCAGAUAAACUGAGUCCCAAAGUGGUCCAGUCUUUGCUGGAUCUGCUGUGUAGUCAGCUGAAAAACCUGUUGUCCCAAGCCGGUGUAAUGCUUAUGGCAUCAUUUGAGGAAAAAGAAGAUGGUGAGGAGGAAGAAAAAAAGGCAGAGUCAAAUGGAGACAGUGAGAAGAAAGACUUCAGAGUGGCCCUUCGAAAACAGCACGCUGCAGAGUUGCAUCUAGGCGAUUUCUUAGUCUUUCUUAGAAGGGUGGUUUCUUCAAAAGCCAUUCAGUCCAAAAUGGCAUCCCCAAAGUGGACAGAGGUGCUCCUGAACAUAGCUUCUCAGAAAUGUUGUUCAGGUGUACCUUUGGUUGGCAACUUGAGGACCAGGCUGCUUGCGCUACAUGUUCUGGAAGCUGUGCUGCCUGCUUGUGAAUCGGGUGUGGAGGAUGACCAGAUGGCUCAGGUUAUUGAUCGGUUGUUCUCCCUUCUGUCUGAUUGUAUGUGGGAAAGUCCUGUUGCACAAGCCAAGCACAUAAUUCAGAUCAAGGAGAAAGAAAAAGAAAUGAAGCUGCAGAAACAGGGUGAAUCUGAAGAAGAAGAUGAAAAUCUCCCUAUACAGGAAGUAUCGUUUGACCCUGAGAAGGCUCAGUGCUGCUUAGUAGAGAAUGGUCAGAUCUUAACUCAUGGGAGCGGUGGAAAGGGAUAUGGAUUAGCAUCCACUGGAGUCACUUCUGGGUGUUACCAGUGGAAGUUCUAUAUUGUGAAGGAAAAUCGAGGCAAUGAAGGGACUUGCGUUGGAGUGUCUCGUUGGCCAGUUCACGAUUUUAACCACCGCACUACCUCAGACAUGUGGCUGUACCGAGCAUAUAGUGGCAAUCUCUACCAUAAUGGGGAGCAGACGCUGACACUGACCAGUUUUACCCAAGGGGACUUCAUAACAUGCGUGCUGGAUAUGGAAGCGAGAACUAUCUCCUUUGGAAAAAAUGGAGAAGAACCAAAACUGGCUUUUGAAGAUGUGGAUGCUGCAGAAUUAUACCCAUGUGUGAUGUUUUAUAGCAGUAAUCCUGGAGAAAAGGUAAAAAUCUGUGACAUGCAGAUGCGUGGCACCCCGAGGGAUUUGCUGCCAGGAGACCCCAUUUGCAGCCCUGUCGCUGCCGUGCUUGCAGAGGCCACAAUUCAGCUUAUUCGCAUCCUCCAUCGAACAGACCGGUGGACACAUUGCAUCAAUAAGAAAAUGAUGGAGCGGCUGCACAAGCUCAAAGCAUGCCUUAAAGAUGCAGGUCAGAAACUGAAGAAAAGCCGCUCUGUUCAAAGCCGAGAGGAGAAUGAGGCACGAGAGGAGAAGGAGAGCAAGGAGGAGGAGAAAGGCAGACAUGGCAGUCGGCAUGGGCUGGCAGAUCUCUCAGAGCUCCAGCUGAAGACUUUGUGCGUGGAGGUGUGGCCAGUCCUGGCAGUGAUUGGUGGAGUGGAUGCUGGACUUAGAGUUGGAGGCCGCUGUGUUCACAGGCAAACUGGGCGGCAUGCCACCUUGCUUGGAGUGGUCAAAGAAGGCAGUACGUCUGCCAAGGUGCAAUGGGACGAAGCUGAGAUUACAAUCAGCUUCCCAACUUUUUGGUCGCCUAGUGACACGCCAUUGUAUAAUCUGGAACCUUGCGAACCGCUGCCUUUUGAUGUUGCAAGAUUCCGUGGACUGACAGCCACUGUGUUGCUGGACCUCACCUUCCUGACUGGCAUCCAUGAAGACAUGGGGAAGCAAAGCGUCAAGCGACAUGAGAAGAAACACAAGCAUGAUGCAGAAGACAAAGGAGAUGUUGACCAGAGAACAGAAGGUGACUCUGGAUCAGAUGCUCGGUCGGUGCCAAGCACUGAGGAGAUCAAAGGCCAUGGAGCUACAAGUUCAAAAUCCGAAAAUGAAAUUGCUUCGUUUUCCUUGGAAUCUGUUUCCUUGGGUGUGGAGAGCCAGCAUCCAAAUGCUGAAGGCAAAAGGAAGACUCAUGAACAUGCCUCCAAGAAUCAUGAUGCUGUACAAUCAGAAAUCAGAGCAGUGCAGUUGUCUUAUCUUUACCUUGGUGCUAUGAAAUCGCUUAGCACUCUCCUUAGUUGUAGUAAAUAUGCUGAAUUGUUACUGAUACCAAAGGUCCUGGCAGAGAGUGGCCAUAAUUCUGAUUGUGCGAGUUCGCCCAUUGUUCACGAAGAUGUGGAAAUGCGUGCUGCCUUGCAGUUCUUGAUGCGCCAUAUGGUGAAACGGGCAGUCAUGCGCUCACCUAUCAAGAGGGCACUAGGACUGGCUGAUUUGGAACGGGCACAAGCAAUGAUCUACAAAUUAGUGGUUCACGGGCUGUUGGAGGACCAGUGUGGCAGCAAAAUUAAGCAAGAAGUGGACCAGCAAGCAGAAGAAAAUGACCAAGCUCAGCAGGCCCAGACACCUGUGACGACGAGUCCUUCAGCCUCUAGUACGACAUCUUUCAUGAGCAGCUCUCUAGAAGAUACAACAACUGCCACCACUCCGGUGACUGAUACCGAAACUGUGCCUGCCUCUGAGUCCCCUGGUGUUUUGCCUCUUAGCCUUCUUAGGCAAAUGUUCUCCAGUUACCCAACUACUACUGUACUCCCAACAAGACGUGCACAAACGCCUCCCAUAUCCUCUUUGCCAACAUCUCCUUCUGAUGAAGUAGGCAGGAGACAAUCACUGACCUCUCCUGAUUCUCAGUCUGCAAGACCUGCCAAUCGGACAGCUUUGUCGGACCCAAGCAGCCGCCUUUCAACUUCCCCUCCUCCACCAGCUAUUGCUGUGCCCUUGUUAGAAAUGGGCUUCUCCCUACGGCAGAUUGCGAAAGCAAUGGAAGCCACAGGUGCAAGAGGAGAAGCAGAUGCUCAAAACAUUACAGUCUUAGCAAUGUGGAUGAUAGAGCAUCCUGGGAAUGAGGAAGACGAAGACCCUCAGUCAGAAGAAACAGCCGAUUCCCUCCAUGGCACUGUAGUUUCUGGGGGCAGCGGGAAGUCAAGUGAUCAAUGUUACUUGCAGUCUCCCGGUGACAUCCCUUCAGCUGAUGCCACUGAAAUGGAGGAAGGUUUUAGCGAAAGCCAUGAUAGUAUGGAACACGUAGAAAAUGCAGCAUCUGGAAGUGGACCCACCUCAAGGGGUCGGUCAGCAGUGACCAGGAGGCACAAAUUUGACUUAGCUGCUCGGACGCUGCUAGCCCGUGCUGCGGGAUUGUACCGCUCUGUACAGGCGCACAGGAAUCAGAGCCGGAGAGAAGGGAUCUCCUUGCCACAAGACCCUGGAGCAUUGUAUGACUUCAACUUGGAUGAGGAGUUAGAAAUUGACUUGGAUGAUGAAGCCAUGGAAGCCAUGUUUGGGCAGGAUCUUGCCAGUGAUAAUGACAUUCUAGGAAUGUGGAUCCCGGAGGUAUUGGAUUGGCCUACCUGGCAUGUUUGCGAAUCUGAAGACAGAGAAGAAGUGGUAGUAUGUGAGUUGUGUGAAUCCAGCGUUGUCAGCUUCAAUCAACACAUGAAAAGAAACCACCCUGGCUGUGGGCGCAGCGCAAACCGGCAGGGCUACCGCAGCAAUGGCUCCUAUGUGGAUGGAUGGUUUGGUGGCGAAUGUGGAAGUGGGAAUCCCUAUUACCUCUUGUGUGGCAGCUGCCGAGAAAAAUACUUGACCUUGAAGAGCAAGUCUAAGACAUCUUCCUCGGAAAGAUAUAAAGGACAGGCACCCGACCUGAUAGGCAAGCAAGACAGUGUCUAUGAAGAAGACUGGGACAUGUUGGAUGUUGACGAGGAUGAAAAGCUGACGGGUGAAGAGGAAUUUGAACUGCUGGCUGGACCCCUUGGGUUGAAUGAUCGCCGUAUUGUACCUGAGCCUGUUCAGUUCCCGGAUAGCGAUCCACUGGGAGCCUCAGUUGCCAUGGUCACAGCCACCAAUAGUAUGGAGGAAACACUGAUGCAAAUAGGUUGCCAUGGCUCCAUAGAAAAAAGUUCUUCUGGCAGAAUUACCCUGGGAGAACAAGCUGCUGCUCUGGUAAAUCCACACGACCGUGUUAUGGCUUUAAGAAGGGUGACGGCGGCAGCUCAAGUCCUCUUGGCAAGAACAAUGGUCAUGAGAGCCCUCUCACUCCUUUCUGUCAGUGGGUCUAGUUGCAGUCUUGCAGCUGGGCUUGAGUCCUUGGGUUUAACCGAUAUCCGAACCUUGGUCCGACUGAUGUGCCUGGCUGCAGCGGGGAGAGCAGGCCUCUCCACAAGUCCCUGUACUGUAUCCGGUUCCUCCGAGAGAUCUCGAGGAGUGCAUAGCAAAAUGAGCAAGCCCAUUUCCUGCUUGGCCUAUCUGAGCACAGCUGUUGGUUGUUUAGCUUCAAAUACCCCAAGUGCUGCAAAACUGCUGGUUCAACUGUGUACCCAGAACUUGAUUUCUGCAGCAACUGGUGUCAAUUUGACUACAGUGGAUGAUCCAGUGCAACGAAAAUUCCUGCCAAGCUUUCUGCGAGGAAUAGCAGAAGAGAAUAAGCUUGUAACAUCCCCCAACUUUAUUGUGACUCAAGCGUUAGUAGCCUUGUUGGCAGACAAGGGGGCCAAACUGAGGCCAAAUUAUGAUAAAACAGAAGUUGAAAAGAAAGGCCCUCUGGAGCUGGCUAAUGCACUAGCAGCUUGCUGCCUUUCUUCAAGGUUGUCCUCGCAACAUAGGCAGUGGGCUGCUCAGCAGCUUGUCCGAACUCUUGCAGCUCAAGAUCGAGAUAAUCAAACCAGCCCACAGACCCUUGCAGAUAUGGGUGGGGAUCUGCGCAAAUGCUCCUUCAUCAAGUUGGAGGCUCACCAGAACAGGGUAAUGACAUGUGUGUGGUGCAACAAAAAAGGGCUAUUAGCAACAAGUGGCAAUGAUGGAACAAUUCGGGUGUGGAAUGUUACGAAGAAGCAGUACUCAUUGCAACAAACAUGUGUGUUCAACAAAUUGGAAGGGGACGAAGAGGAGAACUUGGGGUCACCUAGCGAUCCUAGCUUAUCACUUGCCUGUUGGAGUGUCAGUGGCAAGUACCUGGCUGGAGCCCUGGAGAAGAUGGUGAACAUAUGGCAAGUUAAUGGAGGAAAAGGACUCUUGGAUGUUCAGCCACAUUGGGUGUCUGCUCUAGCAUGGCCAGAAGAAGGACCAGCUGCAACAUGGACAGGAGAAGCUCCAGAAUCACUCCUUGUAGGUCGUAUGGAUGGAUCUCUUGGACUUAUUGAAGUUUUAGAUGUUUCUGCCAUGCACAGAGUUGAAUUGGAACACUGCUACAGAAAGGAUGUAUCUGUUACUUGCCUUGCAUGGUUUAGUGAAGACAAACCUUUUGCAAUAGGCUAUAUGGACGGAAAGUUGCUGAUAGGCACGAAAGAGCCACUCGAGAAAGGAGGAAUUGUUUUAGUGGAUGCACACAAGGACACCAUUGUCAGCAUGAAAUGGGAUCCAACUGGCAAGAUGCUCAUGACUUGUGCCAAGGAAGAGUCUGUCAAGCUCUGGGGAUACAUGGGGAGCUGCUGGCGACAGCUGUACUUGCUUCCUCACCAGGCUGUUGUGAAUACCAUAGCCUGGUGCAGCCUUCUAGGGAAAGGCCCCAAACCACAGCUCCUGCUGGCUACAGGAUGCCAGAAUGGUUUGCUUUGUGUUUGGACUGUUCCUCAAGAUGAGCUGGUCUUACUGCAAUCCAGUCUGCGUUGUUCAGAAGGAUGGUGGGAUGAGGAAGCCAAUGGCAAGGAUGCAUACAGGAAAGUAGCUGAAACGAAGUGCAUCUAUCAGCUGAAAGGGCAUAUCACGCCUGUUCGGACAGUGGCCUUCAGUUCUGAUGGACUAACCUUGGUAUCAGGUGGACUUGGUGGGCUUGUGAACAUUUGGUCUUUACGGGAUGGAUCUGUUUUACAGAGUGUUGUGAUAGGUUCUGGAGCCAUUCAGACAACCGUAUGGAUCCCUGAGGUUGGAGUAGCUGCUUGUUCUAGUAGAUCAAAGGAUGUGUUGGUGGUGAAUUGCACAUCAGAAUGGAUCUCUUCCAACCAUAUCCUUGCAACCUGUAGGACUGCUUUGAAACAACAGGGGAUUCUUGGGUUAAACAUGGCUCCCUGCAUGAGGGCUUUCCUAGAGCGUCUGCCCAUAAUGCUUCAGGAACAGUAUGCUUAUGAAAAGCCCCAUGUAGUUUGUGGAGACCAGCUUGUUCAUAGUCCAUACAUGCAAUGCUUAGCUUCGCUGGCCGUGGGGCUUCACCUGGAUCAGCUCCUGUGCAGCCCACCAGUUCCACCUCAUCACCAGACCUGCCUCCCCGAUCCUCUGACCUGGAACCCAACGGAGUGGGCCUGGUUGGAGUGCUUCUCGACGACAAUUAAAGCUGCUGAGGCUCUGGCCAAAGGAGCCACUUUUCCAGAGUCUUUUACAGUCCCUGAUCUGGAGCCUGUACCAGAGGAUGAACUAGUCCUUCUUAUGGAUAACUGCAAAUGGAUCAAUGGGAUGGAUGAGCAGAUUAUGUCCUGGGCAACAUCACGGCCUGAGGACUGGCACCUUGGUGGAAAAUGUGACGUGUACCUGUGGGGAGCUGGGAGGCAUGGGCAGCUAGCUGAGGCUGGACGCAAUGUCAUGGUGCCUGUGUCAGCACCAUCAUUCUCACAAGCUCAACAGGUCAUUUGUGGCCAGAACUGUACGUUUGUGAUUCAAGCUAAUGGAACAGUUUUGGCUUGUGGAGAAGGAAGUUAUGGUCGGCUGGGACAAGGGAACUCAGAUGAUCUUCACGUCCUCACUGUUAUUUCAGCAUUGCAAGGUUUUGUUGUGACCCAGCUGGUGACAUCUUGCGGAUCUGAUGGGCAUUCCAUGGCUUUGACAGAGAGUGGUGAAGUCUUCAGCUGGGGGGAUGGAGAUUAUGGCAAACUGGGCCACGGAAACAGUGACCGGCAGCGCCGACCCAGACAAAUAGAGGCUUUGCAAGGAGAAGAAGUGGUGCAGAUGUCCUGUGGCUUCAAGCAUUCAGCUGUGGUAACUGCAGAUGGCAAACUGUUUACCUUUGGAAAUGGGGAUUACGGCCGACUUGGAUUAGGAAACACAUCCAACAAGAAGCUUCCUGAAAGAGUGACAGCACUAGAAGGCUAUCAGAUAGGAGAGGUUGCCUGUGGACUAAACCACACCAUAGUAGUGUCCACAGAUGGCUCAAUGGUUUGGGCUUUUGGUGAUGGUGACUACGGGAAGCUGGGCUUGGGAAACUCAACUGCAAAAUCCUCACCACAGAAAGUAGAUAUUCUUUGUGGAAUUGGAAUAAAAAAGGUUGCCUGUGGGACCCAGUUUUCAGUUGCAUUGACGAAAGACGGGCAUGUCUAUACAUUUGGCCAAGACCGGCUGAUCGGCUUGCCAGAAGGGAGAGCCCGCAACCACAACCGUCCACAGCAAGUUCCAGCUUUGUCAGGAGUCUUCAUUGAAGAUGUCGCUGUUGGAGCAGAACACACUCUCGCUCUCUCUGCCUCUGGGGACGUCUAUGCCUGGGGAAGCAACUCGGAAGGGCAGCUUGGACUGGGCCAUACCAACCACAUCCGGGAGCCAACUCUGAUUACCUUCUUGCAAGGGAAGAGCAUCCGGCAGAUUUCAGCAGGGCGAUGCCACAGUGCCGCAUGGACAGCUCCACCUGUUCCACCACGAGCUCCAGGUGUCUCAGUGCCUUUGCAGCUUGGCUUGCCAGAUGCCAUCCCGCCUCAGUAUGGGGCGCUGAAGGAAGUGAGCAUCCACACCGUAAGGGCAAGACUGAGGCUGCUCUACCAUUUCUCAGACCUCAUGUACUCCUCAUGGAGGUUGCUGAAUCUCAGUCCCAAUAACCAGAACAGCACAUCCCAUUACAAUGCUGGGACAUGGGGGAUUGUUCAAGGGCAACUGAGGCCGUUACUUGCACCGAGAGUUUACACCCUCCCUAUGGUCCGCUCCAUUGGAAAAACCAUGGUUCAGGGGAAAAACUAUGGGCCACAGAUAACCGUCAAAAGGAUCUCGACAAGAGGUCGGAAAUGUAAGCCUAUUUUUGUUCAAAUCGCAAGGCAAGUUGUGAAGCUGAAUGCAUCGGACCUUCGCCUGCCCUCUCGUGCCUGGAAAGUGAAAUUAGUGGGGGAAGGUGCUGAUGAUGCAGGCGGUGUCUUCGAUGACACAAUUACUGAAAUGUGCCAGGAACUUGAAACUGGUGUGGUAGACCUCCUAAUUCCUUCCCCAAACGCAACAGCUGAAGUCGGCUACAACAGAGAUCGGUUCCUCUUCAACCCUUCUGCCUGCUCAGAUGAACAUCUGAUGCAGUUCAAGUUCCUGGGCAUUCUGAUGGGUGUGGCCAUUCGUACCAAGAAGCCUUUAGAUCUUCAUUUGGCUCCCAUGGUCUGGAAGCAAUUGUGCUGUAUCCCACUCACUCUGGAGGACUUGGAGGAGGUGGAUCUUCUCUAUGUGCAAACCCUCAACAGCAUUCUUCACAUUGAAGACAGUGGGAUUACGGAAGAGAAUUUCCAUGAGAUGAUUCCUUUAGAUUCAUUUGUUGGCCAGAGUGCAGAUGGAAAAAUGGUUCCCAUAAUCCCUGGUGGGAACAGUAUCCCACUUACUUUUUCAAACCGAAAGGAGUACGUGGAAAGGGCCAUCGAGUACAGACUCCAUGAAAUUGACCGUCAGGUGGCCGCAGUGCGAGAAGGGAUGUCGUGGAUUGUCCCGGUCCCCUUGCUUUCUCUUCUGACUGCUAAGCAGUUGGAGCAGAUGGUCUGCGGAAUGCCAGAAAUUUCUGUGGAAGUUCUGAAGAAGGUUGUACGGUACAGGGAGGUUGAUGAGCAGCACCAGCUGGUUCAGUGGUUCUGGCACACCCUGGAAGAGUUUUCAAAUGAGGAGCGUGUCCUUUUCAUGAGGUUUGUGUCAGGAAGAUCUCGCCUGCCAGCUAACACAGCGGAUAUCUCUCAGCGUUUCCAAAUAAUGAAGGUCGAUCGGCCUUACGACAGCUUGCCUACCUCACAGACUUGUUUCUUUCAACUGAGGCUCCCACCCUAUUCCAGUCAGCUAAUCAUGGCCGAGCGUUUGCGCUAUGCAAUCAACAAUUGCAGGUCUAUAGAUAUGGACAAUUACAUGCUGUCCCGAAACGUGGACAACGCGGAGGGCUCAGACACAGAUUAUUAACUCUGUGGACAAAAAUCAUCUGCCUUUUUCGCCCAUGUCAGAUUUCAAUGUGGACACCAUUUUAUGGUAACAAUAGAUGUUUUAGGAACAUAAACAGCUGCCACCUUUUUAGUUACUCUAAAUGUAACAAAACUUAGAUGUGUUUAUUUUUUGUGACUGUAAACAAAAAAAAAUGCAAAAAGUGAGAUCAGUAAGGGUUUUCUCCCCCCUCCCCCCAUAUUUUUGUUCACUUUUGAUAAGUUUGCAUGGAGCCUUUCUGGUGCAUUUUUGUUGGGAAUGGUACAUUUUGUAAACCCUCCCAGUGAACAUGAAGAGUUGUACAUUGUGUAUAAUUGUUCAUUAGAAAGGACAGUUUUACAUGAAUAUUCAUAUAUUUAUUUUUGUUUUAAUUUGAAAUGCCUGUCCAGGGUUCCUUAUGCAGAGAAAAUAAAGCAAAUUCAAGAACUGAA